CGUGAAACUUCGCUUCCUUCCUUUCCAUUUUGCCUCUGUCCAGCCAGAUCAUUGCUUGCAUUGCAUGGCUGUGACUGACGGACUCGAUCGCGUCGCGUGGCUCGCCUCCGUGGCAGGCCUUGCGGAAGAGGCCCAGCUUGGCUGGGCGAGCGGUACAGUGGGCUGUUUGGCCUGCAGUGGGAAGUUUGGGCUGCCGUUCUUUGAACAAGCUUCCCUUCCCCUUGUGCACACACGUAAACCCUGUAAACUUUUGACGGACGGUAUCUUCCUCGUCCCGGCUACCCCAGCCGCAAGUCUGAAACUACCAAAUCCCGGCUGCGAUCUUCCUCCGAUCCGUCGAGUCGGAAACACCACCCAGCCCUCGGAUCGGUGGCUGCGCCGGCCGGUCUUGUUCCUUGGCCCUUGCCCUCCUCGCCACCGCAUCGUCGCCCCGGGAGCGACCAUGAGCGCAGAACGAGACGAGCUGCGGGCGGCGGCCGAGGGGAUGCUGGUGCUGCUGUGUGGCCGCAUCGUCGACGCGCCGGGCCGCGAGAACGACCCCCGCAUCGUUGACCUCGCCCGCUCCGCCGUCGACGAGCAAAACAAGAACGUCAAUACUCAUCUGGAGUUCGAGAAGCUUGUGACGGUAAAGGAGCAAGGUGUUGCUGGCACGCUGUACUAUUUCACAAUCAAGGCGAAGGAUGGUGAUGCCAAGAAGUUGUAUGAAGCUAAGGUCUACGAGGCGCCGUGGUUGGGACUAGAGGGGCUGGUGGACUUGAAGCUUUGCUGAUUCAAAAGAUAGUGCUUGCGAUUAGGCGAUUUAUAAACGUCUUACACAAAUUAGGCAAAUUUUACCGUCCGUUCAAAAAAAUGUUUAACACAAAUACAAUCAAUCAAAUGCACAAAUUCUCUUCGGCUUCGUACAUCAUAUAUAUGGCGUUUUCUCU